AAACUUCAAUUCAUUUCCCUCUACUCGUUUGGCCAGAAAAGCCAAAAACAUAUGGAGGAGGAAAACCGACGUAUCCCAAAAUUGGAAAAAAUGAGUCCCCUUUCAUCUCAAACCGAAUCUCAGAUUUCUCCUGAAUCCGCCAUUGGAGGGGACCCAGAACCUCAAAUCUUCCAUUACGAGCCUGAUUUCAGUUCUGAAGACGAUCAUGACGGGUCCGUUGUUCUGACGGACUGGAACAACACGAAGAAAAAGAACAAGAAGAAGAACCAGAUCUUGCUUGAGGGCUUUGUGGAGGCUUCAGAUGAUGAAAAUUUGACGAGGACGAAGAGUUUGACGGAUGACGAUCUCGAGGAGCUCAAGGGGUGUGUGGAUCUAGGGUUUGCGUUUUGCUAUGACGAGAUUCCUGAGCUCUGUAACACCUUGCCGGCGCUCGAGCUCUGUUAUUCGAUGAGCCAGAAGUUUAUGGACGACCACCAGAAGGUUCCGGAACAUUCUCCGCCCGAGUCGGUGGAUUCGGGGUCCAGUCCGAUUCCGAAUUGGAAGAUCUCUAGUCCUGGUGAUCAUCCAGAAGAUGUUAAAGCGAGGCUCAAAUAUUGGGCGCAAGCGGUGGCUUGUACUGUUAGAUUAUGCAACUAAAUGAGCCUGCAAAAUUGAGAGACUGUUGUGAAUGGAGAUUUUUCUAGAUUGUUAAAGAAGAUGGCAUGGAUCUUCUACUUGAGUUCGUGCUUUGCAAUCAUAAAAUUUUCCAUUUGUGGGCAGAGAUGAUUUAUUCUGAAACUGUCUUUGUUUGGUCUGAUUUUGAUGAUGGAUGAAGAAAGAAGAAGAAGAAGAAGAACGUCUCAGGUUUUAGAUCAGCCAAUGAUUCAUUGGACUUAAGAGUCUAAUUCAAUUCUUUAAGUGGUGGGAGCCCCAUCAAAGCUUCACCAACAGCCUUUUGCUUCACACCUCUGCACAUGCUGCUGAGAUAUUGUGCUAACUAUUUCUGUACAGCCCACAAAUAUGGCUGGAUGAAUACGGGUUUGCUCGAUGUCGCUGGGAGAGGUGUGGGAGAACUGCCUACUUUAUCUGGGUUUAUGAUUGUUUUGCAUCUUGAACUUGGAGGCAUUUUCUAGCUUUGUAUCAUGAAUGAAAGUUUCUUGUUCAUUUAGUUCGUUCUUCCCGACUGCUAACUAUUUCUUUCGAUCCACACGCAUGUCUGGAUGAGUACCCAUUUGCCUUGCCAGAUGUAGUUGGAUGGAUGACUGCCUUGUCUUGAAUUUAUUAUUGGUUUGCAUCUUGAAUUUGGAGGUGUUCUCUUGUUCGUGAUUGAGAUGAUCAUUUGUUGUAAAUUGUAGUACAUGACUGGCAACUAUCAAUCGAUCGUUUUUACUUUUGUUCCUUUCGUUCGUUCAGUUCUUACUUUUGUUCCUUUCGUUCGUUCAGUUCUUACUUUUGUGGCUUACCGAGUGCUAACUAUGGCUGGAUGAAUGGCUGGAUGAAUGAAUACCUAUUUGUCCCAUGAUGUUGGGAUUGAUGGGGGGGAAAACUGCCUAUUUCAUCUCUACAUCAAAUGAAUUCCAUCUUGAACUUGAAGAUGCUUUCUGGUUUUGUAUGCUGACUGAUGGUUUCUUAUAAUGACUUGACUGGAAAACGAUCAAUCGAUCGGUUGUUUUU